ACGAGGACCGAGCUCAACGAAAGGGCGAGAGCUGCCGAUCUCGGAUCUUGGAUGUCAUAACGACCAAGAAAAAGGGUAAAAUUUGAAAGGCAAAAAGGAACAAGGAAACCGAGACAACAGCCGUUUCGGGGAAGGAAUUUUGAUCGAUCGAUUUGCACCUGCAUGUACUUCAGUCGGAUUUUGCUUUUGUGAUCAUAUAUCGCUCAUGUCUGCUUGCACCGGUUUAACGCUGCGAGAAUAGUACGCGAAGUUGCAUUUGGAGUUGCCUUUUUUUCUCCUGCGAGCACCCUCUCGGAGAGGGGUGAUCUACCGGUUAUGGGAUAUCUUCUGCGCAGCGCUACGGAUCAUAAUCUCCUUUGAAGAAAAGAGUUUGUUUCAGAAUACGGUAUACACGAAACGCAUUUUGGAUUCUCUAGUUUGUGGAUAUCUCGACAGUCACAGACGACAUUUGCGACUUAUUUUAAAAGGAUUUCUUUCAGGUGUCGGUCUAUCCUGGUAGAACCGGAAUGGAAUUCAUCCGACUAUAGCACCUCCUCCUCCGAGAAAUUCUUAUAAUUUUAGGGUUUGAUUCCCAUACUUGUGUUCGAAGCCUCUUGUCAGCUAAAAUUUUGAAGUAACGACGUUCACCUUUGGAAAUACAACCAUGAACUUUGAUACCAGUUUGGUAAAAUUAUUUUUCGCGGCACUUCUCCAUUUGUCUACUGUAAAGAGUGCCCACAUACCCAAGGAAGGGGACAACAGUAAAAAUGAAGUGGUGCCCUUCCUUGACGUGUACAAUAAGAGCUCGUGCCAGACGAGGGAGGUCCUGGUGGACAUCUACCAGGAGUACCCGGAGGAGAUUGAGCACACCUUCAUCCCGUCCUGCGUGGUCCUCAGGCGCUGUGCAGGCUGCUGCAACGACGAGGCGUUCGAGUGUGUCCCCACAGAGACACGCAACAUCACCAUGCUGGUAAAACGAAUCAGACAACGUGUAGCCCAACACGACUUUCAGUUGAGUUUCACAGAACACAAAGCAUGUGAAUGCAGACAAAAGAAAGAAGUGAAAGAGAAGAAAGGAAACCACUGUGAGCCUUGUUCAGAGAGAAGAAGGCGCUUGUAUGUGCAGGACCCACUCACCUGUAAAUGUUCCUGCAAAUUCACACAGUUACAAUGCAAGUCCAGACAGCUUGAGUUAAACCAAAGAACUUGCAGAUGUGACAAACCGAGGAGAUGAGAGGCGGGUACAGGGGGCUCGGACAUGAAGGAGGAUUCUCUGCACGGCACUUUGAACUUUGAACUCUGACCCCGCGUCAGAGGGACGCAUUCCCUGGACACAGACUGAGGACAGAGGGAGAGAGAAGUCAUCACGUUCUUUAUUCUUUAAACAUUAAUAUAUUUAAAGACAAUGACAAUAUUUGUAUUGCUGCUAUAAGGAAAAAAAAAGUAAUAUUAAAAAGACUCUACAGACAAGCAAACGAAUGCGCCAGCGCAUGUCGCUGGUGUGUGAAUGGGACUCUGUUUUGUUUCUUGAAACCGUUCAAUUGAUGUGAAAGUUCACUGGAUAUGGGUCUGCGGUGGAUAUAAGCGGCAUCAAAAGAAACAAAGGAGAAGAAGAGCUGUACUUCAUCAAGAGGCGUGGUGUAGACCUCACCGCCCGACCGGGAGAGAAACACGGAGCGCCUCUCUUUCAGAGGGUUGGAGGAAGGCUGGCCGUCACCAUUAGUGAUGUCACUUCCAGCCAGGUGUGAAGGUCUCGUUUCCAGUUUGACUAAAGCCCAGUAGGACUGGGAGCUCAGAAACUUGUAAAGGGAUAUUAAUUGUAGGUAUAUAUGGAAACUCUUGAGAUGAAAUGACUUGACAUCAUUAUUCUUCAAGGAGCAGUGGAAUUCACUGACACUGUAGAAAUGGAAAGCCUCCAUUUGCUUGUGAAUUAUUUCUUUUUCCAAAGAUAACAUUGAACACACCUGUACAAUUAGUAAAAUAUGGCAAAAUAACUAUCUUUAUAUACAUACCUAAUAUCCCUUUUUGUAGUUCAUUGCAUUUAAUUUAUAAUGUUAGAACAUUUUCAUUAUUCUGUGUAUUUAAUUUGAUCUAUUUAUAUGCAGUGUUAUAUUAAUGUUUUGCUUUG